AUCUUUCAGACUUUCCCAAAAUCGGAAAAUGUGGAAAGUGAUUUGCAGAAAGCUACUUUAGAAGUCAUUAUGUUGAGGGAAGAAGAGAGCAAAUUAAGACAAGAAAAUCUGCAACUAAAAGAAGAGUUGCUACGUUUGCACCAGUCCGCGGGCGGCGACGGGCGCGCGGUCCGCCCGCACUCGUACGGGCCGGAGAAAACGGCGCAGACCGCGUCGGUGCCGUGGCUGGCCACCGCGCUAGUCAUGGCCUUCAUCGGCAUCAUCAUCGGCAAGUUCCUCAUGUGAAUCAACCGCCGCCGCGCGCGGUGACCCUACAACACCUCACGAACACCGCUGUUACACCACUCCCGAGUGAUGCCACGAUUGAUUCGAUACCGUAUGACGACACGUGACAAUGUAAUCGUCGAUUCUACGGUUAUUUUUACAGAUUUUUCGUUUUGAAAAUUCACAUUCACAUUUCUAACAAUCUCCUUUCGGUAUCAUGCGGAGGUUGGUUAAUAUUACAGUAUUAUAACACCACAAUAGUGCCUUUUAUGCUGGGCUUCAUUUACUAUUAAUCGUUUACGUGUAAAGCCGUUAAAAAUCAAAAUGUUUAUGGUAUUUCUAUUUUUUUAAUUUUAGAAAAUAACCGUAGUUUUAAUCGAUGAUAUUGCUGCUUAUAAUCGUUAAUGUUGUUAAAUGAUGGAAUCGUGGGAUCACUGCCACCCAACGCAUCCCUCUCGCACAAAGCAGCUUAAGGAUUAUAUGAGAACUACCUGGAAGCUUAGUUUUUGAGCUCAUAAUUACGACGCGACCUCUCAAUAGUAAAUUGUUGCCAACUAUUCAAGUUCAAUAAACAGACUCGUACAGCAAAACGUAGCGAUUCGUUUAGUAGCGGAACAAUGUACUGACACAUGAGUCGGGUCCGCACGGAGGAACGAACGUUCGGUUCGCGUGAAUGCACGCAAAUUACUGAUAAGAACCUAGUUCAACUUCGAACUUGUCCACGUAGAACGUAUAUUUCGAUCGCCUCGGUCAUUUUUACGGACACUGUUAACCCUCAACCAGUCAAUGGGGAUAAGUCACCAAACAUUCGAACUUUCUUCUCCGAUCCAGGGUUUAAGACUCACAGUUGUUAUGAAUCAACAACUGCCCAUCCGUGCGUACCUGCCUACACAGUAUUAUACAGCUGCCACGUUUCGUUCCAUAAAUUCAGUCGUUUAAAACAAUAAUUUAUUAAUUGUUAGCGAGGUAAAGGCACUAAUAGUUGACUCUACAUAGUUUAUGAAGAACCUUAAAAACUAUGGUAAUGUUAUAGUGACAAAAAUUAGAAGUACUGUUUAACUAAUUACCUGUUUAAAUAAGUGAGUACUCAUUGUUCGUCAAAUUUUUUUAUGUGUAUCAUGCAGAAGAUAAAGUUAUUUUGAAGAUAAAGAUAGUUAUGCUCAUUGAGUAGGAUUUAGUGCCUUUGCUUGCCUAUUUACUGCAACAGUAGUUUGAUGUCGCUUACUUCAUUUAUAAUUUUACUUACAAAGAACUGUUGAGAUUUAGACAAUUUUCCCGUGAUACUAAUAUCCCAUUACAUUAACCAUUUGCAGUUAUUAAUUUUGUAUUUAUUAUUAGAAAGUUCUGUACGAACUAGCAAUUAGCUUGUAUUUCUGUUCAGUUAUUAAUAUAGAUGAAGAACCGUAUAGUCUGCAAUCAUUGCGACCGUUACAUAGGUCAUCACGAUCAUUUUAUAGGGCAAAUCAUUACAAUAACAUGACUAAAUAUCACCUACCGGGACCCUUAACCAGGCUUAGGUUUCAACCGUACAUCCACAGCAUUUAGCUCAAAUUUAUGUGAGGUCUAUAAUUCUCCUCAGCCUGGUUAUAGGUUAAGACAGCCGCAAGCAAUAGUUUAAUGUUUUUUAACUUGGGACGCGCCCCGCAUUGUUGUGCCUUUUGACCCGCGCUGUGUGAGUGGUUGGAGUAUCCGUAUGGUACUUGGAUUAAAAUGCUGAGUGGCAUAUGAUGGUGUUCUCACCAUUGUGUGAAGUAUUGAGAUAAGUUCCCAAGCAAUAUUUAUAUAGGGCGAUACACUACAUGUUAAAUUGUCCCAUGCGAAACCGGGGUUGUUGGUAGUAGAACUUUAAUAAUUCUAUUGCUUGCGACUGUUUUUUUUUCCUCAUUUACAUAAACUUGAGGAUUUAUCUUUACAUAAAUAAAAACAGUGUCUAUUUAGCCCUAAUAUAGAGUUGUAAUUAUUACUUUUGGUCCUAGUAUAAAGUUUCAUGUGUACCUAUUAUUUCAUUUCGCUUUUAUGCAUUUAAUCAUAAAUGUGGUGAAGAUUUACGAUAAUAAGUGUUCUAAUUUGUUGUUUUUGUAAAGAUUGUAAUUAGCCACCAAUCGACUAUCAGUUAACAUUUUUAGUAGUAAAUUGCUUACUUUUUGUUUCCCUCAGAAUCAUUCCCUGAAGUCCUUAUAAAAGUCAAGUGACUAAAGAAGUAGUGAAUUAGCAGUAUAGCAGGUUAAUGUAAUGUAUGCCUGGCUGGUUUUGUUUAAAUAGUAAACAUUGACAGGAACCUCAUUAUUUGUUCAGUUACAUCAGUUUUACAGUGACGUGAUGAAUUUUGCAAAAAAUUUUGGCCCUCAAGAUAAAAAUGGCAACAAACCUAUCUGACCUUUACACCACACAACUUUUUUAAACAUUUUUAUAGUUUAACGAAACUUCACACUUCCUACAGCCAGUUAAAUAAAGCCAAUAAGUUUUUUAAAUAAACUUUUUUUAAGAAACCUCAAAAACAUUACAUUUAUUACCGUGGAUCAUUAAAAGAGUAAAAUGAUUACCUAUAUUAUUUUAUCAUGUCUCUUUUUUACAUUAGGCAUUGUAUAUAUCGCAUUCCCAUGUGCCCGUGCACGAGUAUAGUUCGCUCACCUUACCAAAUGAAAGGAGGUAUAGUGCAUAAUAGGUGCUGGAACAACCUGAUGUAACUGAACUAUGAGAUUGCAGCAAAAAAUGGACACGAUUUGCGGCCGGCUAGUUCAAUCGAUAUCGAAUGUCAUUAAAUAUAUUAUAAUGUAUUCAGCAAAAGCAAUCUUCUCUACACAUAUCACAAUAUUAUUGAUCAAUUAAAAAAAAAACAUGUUAAUUGUAAUUAUUCCAUUUUGUUAGGUUCCUUACUGCGUACUAACAUAAAAUAAUGCUUGCCCCUAAUGUGAGAGGGAUUAGUGGUAAUAUGAAUCAAUAUGCAAUAUUUUACAUAAAUGUAUUGAAAUAUUUAAAUAUUAUGUACUUAGUAUUUUCACAUUAAUAAUAACCGUGCCUUCACUCUCACUUGAUCUGAAAAUACGGUAAAUGUAUCUGUGUCGACUAUUUAUUCGAUUCGGCCAUUAUAAGUAGUUUUAUAGGAAUACAAACCUGUGCCGCGUUUUUUGUAUUGAUAUUUUUAAAACUAUCGUAAAUACUGUUGUAUUCAUAAAAUAGAUGCACCAUAAUGGUUCUUUAAAGCCAUUGCGUUUGCGUGUUUAUGCCUGUAAAAGAAUAUCUAGUUCGGUGAUAAAAUACAUAAUAUACUUUUUUUCCCUAUGUUACAUGUUUACAAAUAGAUUAUAAUAUUAAAAAUAAAUUAGUACCUAAUAUAAAAUCGUAAAUAUAACGUGUGUUAUGUGAUUGUAGAUUGCGGAGCUUAGAACGAGGGCGUAGGCGAACAUAAACUAUAUUUUGUGAUAGAUAUAUUGUAACGUUCACCAUUGUGCGCUUAAAAUAUUUAAUGAGAAUGCACUGAUCCCGCGCCGUACUGCAUACCCAUAGGGACUAAUCGUAACGUUGUCGUAUUUUCAAAUAUAGCUGUGCUGUGACUAUUGUCAGCAUCUCACCAUAAGUAAAGAGCGAUGGAGCUAUUUGAAAACUUAAAAGCGUUCUGAAGCUACAAGAUAAGGCAACUAUAUUGCUCCAUUUAAGUCAAAGUUGCUCCAUUACCGACAGUGCAGCACCUUGGAUAGUCCUGCAGAGUGCGCGCCGAAAGUCAAACGUGUGUAUUUUUACUUUUUGCACAAUGUACUUUCCGGGCUCGGUAUAUGCCUUUGCUAGAUACAAAUUAAUGUGCCUGCAGUAACUAAGCUUCACGCCCUGGUUUGAGCUCCGCGCCGCGCCAUUGUUCAAUGAUUUGUCUUAACGUCCCGAAUCGAAUUCAAGUCGCACAUAGGUACACAUUAUAGUGAAAUUAUUUCACGUUAUUAUUUCAGUGGCCACUAAGAUUGCAAAACCCAUUCAUCAUACAUACUACUACCAUAGAACAUGUAAAUACAAAGAUACUUGCACAGUGGGAGUGUCAUACAGCAAGUGAGGUUAUCGCUUCUUAAAUAUUAGGAUUUUAUGCGGCUGGUCUGGCUUCAGCUGAGCUUAACAUAUUGAAAUAAGUAUCAUUUUUGGUCGCGUCGAAAUCAUUUUCCAUGAUGAAUCUACUUAUUGUAUUGGGGUUGGUAUAUUUAGUACAAGUUCAUGAUUUUAUAUUAGGUCUUAUUUACUAUGAACGAAGCUCAGCUAGGUCGAACUACUUUGCAGUGCGAAGUGUGAAAUAUACGACAAAAUAGAUAUAUUUGUAAUUUAACCGUGGAUCUGUUUUUUAACACCACGACUAAUAUUCUAUGUAACUCUAGACCUUGUCAUGGUUCAUAGCACCUUUAAAUCGUAGAUUUGUGUCAGUAUGAUUAGACAGAUUUAAUUCUUGAUUAUUAUUGCAUUUCAUAGACAUUAUGUUACGGUAAAAAUAAUAUCUUUAUGAGGCAGUCUCGCUUAAAAUGUUUAAUGAAUGUGGAUAAUUAUUUUGAAAUUUCCUUUUAUAAAGUUAAUUGCACAUUAAAUUUCAUUGUUGUAUUAAACAAAUUGUGGCAAAAUGCCGUUGUGUCUAGUAAAAAUAAAUUAUUUUAUGAAGUUGCAUUAAUCACACAUUCGGACAGUCAAAGUAAAAUAACACUUGAGUAGACAAUUUUUUACAUACACAAUAUUGGUCUAUUAUUUUAAUAUACACAAUAUUAUCAAUAUUGAGAUUAUCGAAAACUUUUAAGCGUGAAAGAAUUUAGCAACAUUUAACUUCAUUUUUGCGAUGAGAACAUACUUCAAUAAAUCAACAAUUUGAUGAUAUUUUGUAACAAUGAUUAUAGUUGUUGUGUUGGUUCCAUCCAACUGACUCAAUAGUAAUAAAGAGACGACACAGUAAUAUUGUCAUCUUCGAAAAGUAUAGUUGAUGCAACCUGAAACAUUAUUUUUACUUGACUUCAGAGGACACCGAUCGCACUAGACAAAACAGAACAAAGGAGUGCCUGCCUGUCCGUUGAUAAAUUUGCUUGACCCAGAAUGUUGUUUUUUGUGCAAGAAAUAAAUUUGUAUUUACUAAUAUUCUACCUAAUUUAAAUUUUGAUUUGUAAUUUAUGAUGACUUGAUACAUCGCGGUAGAUCGGUGUGCAUGCAUCAAAGUAGGUAAUAAUAAUUAUAUUUAUAAAUAAAUGUUUCAUGUUUUCGGUGUUUCUAUUGCAAUAUAUGGAAAAUUCACUCCAUGAUUUAUUUAAUGCGUGUUUCCAGUGGAACUGAUGUUAACCUAAAUUCGCUUGAUCCAUGGAAGACCAAAUCAAUGUG